GCCCGGGCCGCUUCCUGCUGGGUUUGUUGUUGUCUCGCUGUGUUUCCGGUGUGGACGCAGCUGUUCUGGCUCCAAAAUGACCAAGCUGCAGCUUCUGAACGCCUACCUGACGGAGCGGCUGACCGGGGUGGUGAAGGAGAUCCUGGACGUGGUGGAGGACACGGUGACCGAGUACCGGGAGGAGACCGCCAGGACCAAGCGGGAGAACGAGAGCCUGCGGAGACAGCUGCGGGACAUCCUGCUGCUGGAGGCCGAGACAGAGUGGCUGAGGUCGACCCGGUCCCGUCUUGGCUUUGCGGCUCCUGACCAGCAGCCCUGUGAUCCAGAGUUGAGGCCCCGCUCAGAGGAGCCGGACUCCACCCUGAACCAGCCCAGACAGCCUCCAGGUAACGCAGCCAAGCCGACACACGAGCAGGUCGUCUCUGUGCAGUUACUGUCGGUCCAGAGCGAGCCGUCCUCGGUGCCGGUUCUCCUACCGGGGGACAAGAAGCCCGCUGAGGCCUGGGAGCCGGCGCUGAAGCCGGACUCUCAGAAGGAGGUGCUUCCUUCUCGCUCCUCCCUGAGUCCUCUCUCCACCUCCAUCCCUAAGAUCCACAUCGAGGUUCCAGCGCUCAGAGAGGAGGCCCGGGUGCCGCCUCCUGCUUCGAUCAAACCAGAACCAGAGGAAUACAAAGUGACAGAACCUGACGGUCACGCAGACUCUCUGACGGCGUCACACGUCACACAGGAACAGUUCAGACCGGAUCCAGACCGGAUCGUGCUGGUCCACGCAGAGCGACGCGAAGCUCCUGUGAACAAGAAGUCCGCUCAGGAGAAGGUCGCACCUGACGAUGUCACCGCCCCCGCCUACGUCCCCGAGCUCAUCCACCGCUGCCCCCGCUGCGCCGAGGCGUUCGGCCAGGCCGCCAGCCUCCGCCUCCACCUGGAGCAGAAGAGGAAGACCUACGCCUGCGAGUGGUGCUGCAAAUCCUUCGCUCAGUCUGCGGACCUGCGGCGUCACCUGCGCACGCACACCGGCGAGAGGCCGCACCGCUGCACCUUCUGCUCCAAGAGCUUCAGCCAGAGAGGAAACCUGCGGCGACACCUGCGCAUCCACACGGGCGAGCGGCCGUACAGCUGCCCGUUCUGCUGCCGCACCUUCAGCGACGGCGACACCAUGAAGAAACACAAGCGCACGCACUCCGGAGAGAAACCGUACCGCUGCGCCCGCUGCGCCAAGACGUUCACCAGCACCAGCGGCCUGCAGAUACACUUAAAGAAGGACAUGUGCUUCGUGCCUAACGCCUGAUUGGCUGCACACAAAGACACGUCAGGCAGUGUGACAGGAAGUGAGCGCCACAAGCCGGGAGGAACGUCAUUACACACCGAAACGCCCGUCGGACAGGGAGGGCUGCUGAUAACAGACGGUGUGUGAAGACGUGUUUACAAGCUGCUGGCUUGUGAUGCAGCUCUGGGAUGUACACACACCUGUACACACACCUGUACACACACCUGUACACACACCUGUACACACACCUGUACACACACCUG